AUGUGGGGUAUAGCCGUUGUGCAAGUAGAAAGAAGAUCGCGCCCGGCUGGAAGCCAUAUAUCUCGCUCCGACCAGUACACCGGUAAAUUGAUACUGGAGUGUUCAUCUCGGCGAAUAUUGCUUAAAACCCGUUCCUCGGGUCUAUUGUUCUUCGUCCCUUUCGCGCCUCCCUCAUUCCGAUAUUCUGUCGUUCCCUUCCCGUCCCAACGACUCGGUCGUGUUACCUUGGAUAUGAACCAGACAGUGCAUGGCCUGUCAAUGGGCGCCGUAUUAAUUACGUCUUGGUUUGCUAUUGCAUUGAGCGGUGUGAUGCUCCUUCAAGCAUACAUCUAUUAUCGCGGAAGACCGCAAAAUGAUCACAGAAUAUUUGGCGCGAUGGUCUUAGUCUUGCUUAUCCUCGACAUGGCCCACGUCGUUUGCAUUAUGAUCACACUUUAUCACUAUUUGAUCAGGAACUUUGGGAAUAACAAUGCUCUAGCGUACUUAGUCCCGUCACUUGCUCUUACCGUUGGUUUGACUGUUCGUUCAAAUUUUGUCUUUGCCGAGCGCUUGAGGUUUACUCGAUUGAAACCAGGGUACAAUCACAUUCUUUGCUCAAAGUUUCUUUACAUGGCGCGUCUGGAAGCUCGGAACAACGUCAUUGCACCGAUAAUUUUUGUGCUGCAGGUUGCACGGCUAAUAUCUGGAUGGGUAACGACCGUUAAGGCUAUUGAGUUCGGGACAUUCAUAGCAUGGACCCAUCAGGUCCGGUGGAUUUUCACUGCCGGAGUAGCCAUAGCCGUUGUUUGCGACAUUCUGAUAACUGGCAGUCUCUGCUAUUGGUUGCACGGAUCACGAACGGGUCUCCAUGGCAUGGAUGAAAUCAUCGACAAAAUUAUCCUCUACUCCGUGGAAAACGGAGCAUUGACAUGUUUCUCGUCGAUUGCUUCCCUCAUAUGCGCCAUUAUCAUGCCAGGAAAUCUUGUUUUCAUUGGGAUUCAUUUUGUAAUUAGCAAACUAUAUAUCAACAGUGUCCUCGCCUCUUUGAACACACGCAACUCCUUCCGAGCGCAAAAAGAACGCCACGGGCGUAAAAUUUUCACCGGUCUAUUUCAAGAUGUCCAGGUGUCUAGAGAGAACGGGUCAGGUUCAGUCCGCGAGAGUUCAUAUGCGCUUCAACCUCCUAAGUCACCAUCUCGGGCUCACAGUUCUCACUUGUCAGCUUCAUCUCCGUCCAUUGGUAAGGACGAAGCGAUUUCACAGACCGCUUUUGAUUUUAUUAUUACUAACAUGAGGAGGGAAGAUGGUAUGACUAUGGAAGAGGCGUUUGACACCAAAAAUAAGGUUUAA